CUUGCUUUGGUAAGGGCUUCGCUUUUGGCCCCUUCCUCAAAAUUCUCUGUAUCAAAAAGCAACCAUUACUGUCUACAGAUGAGUAAUGUAAGAAUUAAAGAUCGUCUUCUCUGUUGAAAAUCAAGGCGAGACGAUGAUCUGAACUUCAGUUGUGGGUUCCGGCAGAUUUCCGAUAAUAUAUCUUCUCCAAGAUCCGGUGGUCUUCGAAAAUGAGUAGCCUGGUUGAGAGGCUUCGUGUUAGAUCAGAACGAAGGCCAGUGUAUAAUCUCGAUGAGUCAGACGAAGAGUUUGAUUAUAAGCAUAAAAAACCUGGCUCAGCGCAAGAGAUAUUUGAAAGAUUGGAGAGGGAUGACAAGAAAGAAGAUGCAUGUCAAGCUUGUGGAGAAAGUGAGAAUCUUCUCUCCUGUGAAACCUGUACAUAUGAUUACCAUCCUAAAUGUCUAUUUCCACCCUUGAAAGCUCCUCUCCCUAACAAUUGGAGGUGCCCUGAAUGUGUUAGCCCUCUAAGUGAUAUUGAUAAAAUAUUGGAUUGCGAAAUGCGGCCUACUCUUGCCGGGGACAGCGAUGCAUCAAAGCUUGGUUCAAAGCAAAUUUUUGUGAAACAAUAUCUUGUAAAGUGGAAGGGGUUAUCUUAUCUACAUUGCACAUGGGUGCCUGAGAAAGAAUUUAUAAAAGCUUUUAAAACGCAUCCUCGCUUGAGGACUAAAGUAAACAAUUUUCAUAAGCAAAUGUCUUCGAACAACAAUGCCGAGGAAGAUUACGUUGCUAUUCGACCUGAAUGGACAACAGUGGACCGGAUUCUUGCUUGCAGGGGAAAUGAUGAAGAAAAAGAAUAUUUUGUGAAAUAUAAAGAACUUUCUUAUGAUGAAUGUUAUUGGGAAUUUGAAUCAGACAUCUCUGCCUUUCAGCCUGAAAUUGAUAAGUUCCAUAAAAUUCAGUCUAGAUCUCGUAAACAGUCUUCUAAUAAGAACAAAAGCAGCCAUGGUGAUAUUGGUGAGGUAAAGAAAAAACAAAAAGAAUUCCAACAAUAUGAUUGUAGUCCUCAGUUUCUUUCUGGAGGAACAUUGCAUCCAUAUCAGCUUGAAGGAUUGAAUUUCUUACGUUUUUCUUGGUCCAAGCAAACUCAUGUUAUACUUGCUGAUGAGAUGGGGCUUGGAAAAACCAUACAGAGUAUUGCCUUUUUAGCAUCCCUUUAUGAAGAGAAUCUAUCUCCCCACUUGGUGGUUGCUCCACUUUCAACGCUUCGAAAUUGGGAACGUGAAUUUGCUACAUGGGCUCCUCAUAUGAAUGUUGUUAUGUAUGUGGGCACUGCCCAAGCUCGUGCGGUUAUAAGGGAAUAUGAAUUUUACUUUCCAAGGAAUCAUAAGAAGGUGAAGAAAAAGAAAUCUGGCCAAAUUGUUACUGAAAGUAAGCAAGAUAGAAUCAAGUUUGAUGUUCUGCUAACAUCAUAUGAGAUGAUUAACUUUGAUGUGGGAGUACUGAAGCCUAUAAAAUGGGAAUCCUUGAUUGUUGAUGAAGGCCACCGGCUUAAGAAUAAGGAUUCAAAAUUAUUUUCUUCAUUGAAACAGUUUUCAAGUAACCUUCGUGUACUCCUGACUGGAACUCCUCUUCAGAAUAAUCUUGAUGAACUUUUCAUGCUCAUGCACUUCCUUGACGCGGGGAAGUUUGGAAGUCUAGAAGAGUUCCAAGAGGAGUUCAGAGAUAUCAAUCAAGAGGAGCAAAUCUUGAGGCUUCACAGAAUGUUAGCUCCUCAUCUCCUGAGAAGGGUCAAGAAAGACGUCAUGAAGGACCUGCCCCCUAAAAAAGAACUUAUUUUGCGUGUCGAACUAAGUAGUAAGCAGAAAGAAUAUUACAAAGCCAUUUUAACUCGUAACUAUCAAUUAUUAACUCGCCGUGGUGGUGCACAGAUUUCUCUUAUCAACGUUGUUAUGGAAUUGCGGAAGCUCUGUUGUCAUGCUUACAUGUUAGAAGGAGUUGAGCCAGAUAUAGAAGAUGCUGAAGAAGCGUAUAAACAGCUUUUGGAAACUUCCGGGAAGCUGCAUUUGUUGGAUAAGAUGAUGGUGAGACUCAAAGAACAAGGUCAUAGAGUUCUCAUAUAUACACAGUUUCAACACAUGUUGGACUUGCUGGAAGAUUAUUGCAGUUACAAGAAAUGGCAGUACGAAAGGAUCGAUGGCAAGGUUGGUGGAGCCGAAAGACAAAUUCGAAUAGAUCGGUUCAAUGCCAAGAAUUCCUCCAGAUUUUGUUUUCUGCUUUCUACUAGAGCUGGGGGUCUGGGAAUAAAUCUUGCAACUGCUGACACAGUUAUCAUAUAUGACAGUGAUUGGAAUCCCCAUGCUGAUCUACAGGCUAUGGCUAGGGCUCAUCGACUUGGGCAAACUAACAAGGUAAUGAUUUAUAGGCUAGUAACACGAGGGACCAUUGAAGAAAGGAUGAUGCAAAUGACAAAGAAGAAGAUGGUCUUAGAGCAUUUGGUUGUCGGAAGGCUGAAGGCUCAAAACAUUAAUCAGGAAGAACUAGAUGAUAUUAUAAGGUAUGGCUCGAAGGAAUUAUUUGCCGACGAGAAUGACGAGGCAGGAAAAUCUCGUCAAAUUCAUUAUGAUGAUGCUGCAAUAGACAGAUUGCUGGACCGUGAUCAAGUUAGAGAUGAUGAUGCAACUGUUGAUGAGGAAGAGGACGAUGAAUUUUUGAAGGCCUUUAAGGUGGCAAAUUUUGAAUAUAUUGAUGAGGUGGAGGCUGCAGCAGAAGAGGCAGUGAAAAGGGCACCCGUGGAAAGUAAGCCUGUUGCAAGCAACGUGGAAAGAGCUAGCUAUUGGGAAGAGUUGUUGAAGGAUAAAUAUGAAGUGCAUAAGAUAGAAGAGUUUAAUACGUUGGGUAAAGGAAAGAGGAGCCGUAAGCAGAUGGUAUCUGUUGAAGAAGAUGACCUAGCUGGACUUGAAGAUGUAAGCUCCGAGGGUGAGGAGGAUGAUAACUAUGAAGCUGAUUUGACUGAAGGUGAAGCAAAUUCUCCUGAUGUUCCUUCUGCGAGAAAGCCACAUCGGAAGAAAUCCCGUGUGGAUAGCACCGAGCCACUUCCCUUAAUGGAAGGGGAAGGAAGAUCAUUUAGAGUUCUUGGUUUCAACCAAAAUCAAAGGGCUGCAUUUGUGCAAAAUUUAAUGAGGUUUGGGGUUGGGGAUUUUGACUGGAAGGAGUUUACAUCUCGGAUGAAGCAGAAGACUUAUGAAGAAAUAAAGGAAUAUGGGACUCUUUUCUUAUCUCACAUUGCUGAAGAUAUCACCGAUUCCCCCAACUUUUCAGAUGGCGUUCCCAAAGAAGGACUCAGAAUACAAGAUGUGCUAAUCAGAAUUGCAGUUUUACUCUUGAUAAGGGAUAAAGCGAAAUUUGUCCCAGAAAAUCCGAGUGCUCCACUUUUCACAGAUGACAUUUUAUCCCGUUACCCAGGACUAAAAGGUGGAAAACAUUGGAAGGAAGAACACGAUAGAUUGUUGCUGCUUGCUGUUCUGAAGCAUGGCUACGGUAGAUGGCAAGCGAUUAUUGAUGACAAGGACCUCAAGAUUCAAGAGGUGAUUUGUCUGGAAUUGAAUCUGCCUGUCAUAAACUUACCUGUUCCUGGACAAACUGGUUCUCUAGUUCAGAAUGGUGGAAACAUACCAAACACUGAAGCAGCUGGAAUCGAGUCUAGGGAAAAGGAAAAUGGUGGUGGAAACGAUGCUUCAUCUGAUGUGCAGGGAGGAGGAACUGAUACUGCUAACCAAUCCCAGUUGUAUCAAGAUUCAUCUAUUUAUUAUCAUUUUAGAGAUAUGCAGCGACGACAGGUUGAGUUCGUCAAGAAAAGGGUGCUUCUCUUGGAAAAAGGGCUGAAUGCAGAGUACCAGAAAGAAUACUUUGGUGACACGAAAGCAAAUGAUAUUACAAGUGAAGAUAUUGAGAAUGAAUCCAAGGUUUCAAAUUCGCCAGGUGCUAACGCUGUGGAGACUGAUACUCAAAAGGUGGAUCAGUUGCCUCAAGUAGAUCCAAUUUCUUCAGGGGAAACUUCUACUGCUUGUGAUGACAAUCCUGAUAGAUUGGAAUUAAGCCGGCUUUACAAUGAGAUGUGCAAGGUUGUGAAUGAAAAUUGUAGAGAGCUGGUGCAUGCGCCUACUGGGAGCCACCAUGCAGCUUCAGGCUUGAAAAAUAACCUUCUCCCUCUGGAGAAGAUAAUGGAAGAUGUGGACCGAAUUCUUUCUCCACAGCCAAAACCCACUAAAGAACAAUGGUCGUCAGAUUCUGCUCCACGACCUGCAGUCGUUGAAUCACCAAGCACCGAUGUUGGCCUUAAAUCAUCACUCACAGACGGUGAAAAGACUCGUAUUGCCACAAACAUGGAGGUAGAUCCCUUGACAGAAUCCAAACCUCAAAAAGAAAGCAACAAGCCCGAACCAUCUGCUGCUCACGUUCCAGCCUCUGAAGAUCCAAACCCCGAUCAGCCAAAAUCUGCAACUCUACCGGAGAGAAGUAGUGUUGAUGAAAUGGACGUUGAAUGGAGCGAGGACACUUAUGCAGCAGAAGAACAUAGCAUCGAACGUAAGUCGGGGGUGAUUGUGUUAGAUGAUUAG